UCUUGAUCCUGAUGCCUGACCAUGGGAAUGUGAGCCUCCCGCCUGAAGACCGGGUGAGGGCUCUUUCUCAGCUGGGUAGUGCUGUGGAGGUAAAUGAAGACAUUCCACCCCGCCGGUACUACCGGUCUGGCAUUGAGAUUAUCCGAAUGGCAUCCAUUUACUCUGAAGAAGGCAAUAUUGAACAUGCUUUCAUCCUCUAUAACAAGUAUAUCACACUCUUUAUUGAGAAACUACCUAAGCAUCGAGAUUACAAAUCAGCUGUCAUUCCUGAAAAGAAAGACACAUUAAAGAAAUUAAAGGAGAUUGCAUUUCCCAGAGCAGAAGAGCUGAAGGCAGAGUUGUUAAAACGAUAUACCAAAGAAUAUGCAGAAUAUAAUGAAGAAAAGAAGAAGGAAGAGGAGGAGUUUGCCCAGACCAUGGCCAUCAAGCAAGAGCUGGAAAAGGAAAGGCAGAGGGUAGCACAGCAGAAGCAGCAGCAAUUGGAACAAGAACAAUUCCAUGCCUUUGAGAAGAUGAUCCGGAACCAGGAGCUAGAAAAAGAGCGACUGAAAAUUGUACAGGAAUUUGGAAAGGUGGACCCUGGCCUAGGUGGCCCACUGGUGCCUGAUUUGGAAAAGCCCUCCUUAGAUGUGCCCCCCACCACACCUGCCUCAUCCACACAGCCUUCAGACUGUAAUACAAGUGUAAGGCCAGCUAAGCCACCUAUGGUGGACAGGUCCUUGAAACCUGGAGUACUGAGCAACUCAGAAAGUACUCUUAUGAUUGAUGGACUGCGCCAUGUGGUGGUGCCAGGGAGGCUCUGCCCACAGUUUCUCCAGUUAGCCAGUGCCAACACUGCCCGGGGAGUAGAGACAUGUGGAAUUCUCUGUGGAAAACUGAUGAUGAAUGAAUUUACCAUUACCCACGUUCUCAUCCCCAAGCAAAGUGCUGGGUCUGAUUAUUGCAACACAGAGAAUGAAGAAGAACUCUUCCUGAUACAGGACCAGCAGGGUCUCAUCACACUGGGCUGGAUUCAUACUCAUCCCACACAGACUGCCUUCCUCUCCAGUGUUGACCUACACACUCACUGCUCCUACCAGAUGAUGCUGCCAGAAUCCAUAGCCAUUGUCUGCUCCCCCAAGUUCCAGGAAACUGGAUUCUUUAAACUAACAGACCAUGGACUAGAGGAGAUUUCUUCCUGUCGCCAGAAAGGAUUUCAUCCACACAGCAAGGAUCCACCUCUGUUCUGUAGCUGCAGCCAUGUGACAGUGGUGGACAGAGCAGUGACCAUCACAGACCUUCGAUGAGAUUUUUGACCCAAACUUCUUCCAAGAA